GGGCUGGUGCAGUGCAGAGGUGGUGAUCUAUUAGUUAGGGAAAAAUAAGGUUACAAAUCAGAACUCACCGUAGUCUGUAACUUCAAUAAAAUAAAAUAAAUAUAUUAUUUUUACUACUUUUAGAUUGUAUUUUCUACGCAGCCAAGAUGACCACCGCAGUGGUUUCGCCUUUCUACGACUUCAGCGAAGUAAUGAACAAGAACGACAAGAUGCUGAAUUACAACAACAACUUACUGAGCGCCCCCCAUCAUCCGAUAUCCACCAACAUCCCCAUGUCUAUCACCAACCCCACCGGAGCCCUGCUGGACAGGAAGGCUGUGGGGACCCCCUCGCUGGGCUGCGGGCUGUCAGUCUACAAGAGACGCCACUCUGUCACCCUCCCCAACCAUGACCCCAGCUCCAAGUUCAACCAGAACCAGUUCCUUAACAGCCUGAAGACCAUAGACCACUCCUCCUGCUCCAUCACCUCGGGCUUUAUUGGAAGUGGUAGCAGCAGCAAGGAGAAUCGCAUGAGGGACCGUUCUUUCUCCGAGACGGGUGAGCGGCUCCUACACCAGUGCCUGGGGCCUGCUAGUCCUACCAGCCUAGGAGCCCAGAGCCAGCAGCAGAGCCAGGUCAACUCCAGUCGCUACAAGACGGAGCUGUGCCGGCCGUUUGAGGAGAACGGAGCCUGUAAGUACGGCGACAAGUGUCAGUUCGCCCAUGGCUUCCACGAGCUGCGUUCUCUCAGCCGCCACCCUAAAUACAAAACCGAGCUGUGUCGUACCUUCCACACAAUCGGGUUCUGCCCCUAUGGUCCUCGCUGUCACUUUAUCCACAAUGCAGAGGAGCGCCGUGGACCCCCUCCCUCGCCCUCAUCCUGCUCCUCCUACUCGCCUCUCUCUUCCAAUAAGUUGGAGCGUCCUCGUCUGCAGCACAGCUACAGCUUUGCAGGGUUCCCCAGCUCUGGGGGCCUGAGAGGAGGGGACAGCCCAACCUCCGUCACCCCUCCACCUAUGUUCUCCCCGGACGAGAUGCCUGAGUGGCCGAGCUCCAACCUCUUCACGUACUCCAGUCAGGAGCUGGCCAAUCUGUUCGGCCCCAGCCUUGGAUCCGGAGGCCCCGUGGGGACUGAUCCCAAAGCUCCUGCUCCCCCGUCCCAGAACAACACCCCCUACUUCUUCAGGCCCAUGUCGGAGUCCCCCACCCAGAUGUUUGCAUCUCCGUCCAGCCCGCCCCAGGACUCUCUGUCGGACCAGGAGGGGUACCAGAGCAGCUCGGGGGGCAGUCUCAGUGGGUCAGAAUCCCCCAGCCUGGAUGCCAACAGACGCCUCCCAAUCUUCAGCCGCCUCUCCAUCUCUGACGACUAGACGGCAGCUAUUUAAUGAUCUUAUCCACGCUGACCUUGAAAAAAGGACAAAGAUAUAAUGAAUGGGAAAUGGCACUCCCCUGUGCCUCGACAACCAUCCCCUGACCCCUCUCCUCCACAAAUCAAUAUACAUUUAGUUCCUGUAAGAAUAAGGAUACAGUGACUUGUUUUCAAAUCACCCCAGAAAUGUCUCCCUUGCUGUUACCCGCAUCCUAACUCCCCUCCCUCCACAGACCCUACCAUGUCUUCAGUCAAAACGCGAGAGGAAACGAAUGAACAAUGAGAAUGUUAGACUUUUGUUUUGCCAGGUGCCACCUGUGAUUUUGUUCUUGAACGUGUAGCAGUGCAAGUGUAUCAUUGCACCACAAACCACCCCAUCCUGUUGUUGGUCACUGACAGUUGUGUUUCUGGAAAGGGAGGAUGAGGGAUGUCUUUUAUUGUCUAACUGGUUAUUAAACCUUUAAGACUGUGUUAUUAUUUUUGUCCCUCCCUCUCCACCCCACCGCCCUCUGUGCCGUUCCGCAGGCAGAGGGGAAUUCCAGCAUUCCCAUGGUGCAGUUCUUCUAUACUUCCUGCAACGUGAGAUGGGAUCUCUAAGCUAUCCUAGUUUUCCUCUUCCCCUUAGAAUCAGAAUCUGGCUUUGAGGAGUAGUCUGAUGUUAUGACAUCUCUCUGCUUCUUUCUCUAGGUUUUGAUUAUUCUUUGAGGAGUAGUCUGAUGUUAUGACAUCUCUCUGCUUCUUUCUCUAGGUUUUGAUUAUUCUUUGAGGAGUAGUCUGAUGUUAUGACAUCUCUCUGCUUCUUUCUCUAGGUUUUGAUUAUUCUUUGAGGAGUAGUCUGAUGUUAUGACAUCUCUCUGCUUCUUUCUCUAGGUUUUGAUUAUUCUUUGAGGAGUAGUCUGAUGUUAUGACAUCUCUCUGCUUCUUUCUCUAGGUUUUGAUUAUUCUUUGAGGAGUAGUCUGAUGUUAUGACAUCUCUCUGCUUCUUUCUCUAGGUUUUGAUUAUUCUUUGAGGAGUAGUCUGAUGUUAUGACAUCUCUCUGCUUCUUUCUCUAGGUUUUGAUUAUUCUUUGAGGAGUAGUCUGAUGUUAUGACAUCUCUCUGCUUCUUUCUCUAGGUUUUGAUUAUUUUUAUUGUUAUGAUUAUUUGUUUGAAAACUUUCCAAACAGUUUUUGCUUAUCACUGCAUAUUUAACUUAUCGAAACAUAUUUAUUGGUGAUCAUAUGCAUUUUUUUGUUAAUUUUGUUUUUGUAUUUAUCUGGAUAAUGAACAAUAGAAUAUAUUUUCUUUAUGUUAAAUUAUGAUCUUCGGUAUUAAUCUAAAGAUUGUGAAGACAUUUUUGUCAAUUUCUUUUUUCACAGUUUAAUAUAUUGUAUUACAAUGACUUUUGUUUGCAACUACACGUUGUCAAAAUGAAACUUAAUUUAAAACAAAAAUACAGAAAAAAAGUUGCUUUAUUUAUUUGUUUACUUUUUGUUUGUUCUCUGUUCUCCCUGUUAUUGGACUGCAAUCCUAUCAAACAUGAUUGUCACCUUCUCAUUCCGGAGCUGUCCUGUCCUCGCGUUUUUCUGUUUUCUCUGAAUGGUAACAGUACUUUAAUGUUAUUACCUUUUGCAGUUGUAUUCUUUGAGAUUAGGCCAACGUGGUACCAUAUGUUGACCAAACAGGAUUAUUUCAUAAAUAUGACUCGUGUAUCUAAAACUAAGAGGUGUAACACGUGAUGAGUAUCACCAUGUUCACUUGGACAUCCCGAUUCAGUGUGUGAAUUUCUGGGUUUAAAGUUGUGACGGUCUCAGUUAAUGUAAUACAAGUAACCAGGGAUUUAGAGGAAAAACACUCUCUUAUUACAAGCAAAAGCUGUGACCAAAUGGGUUGAGGAGAGGUUGUCUUGUUUUUUUGAACUUGUGGCCCCAGCUGUUAAAGUGCCUACUUUUUGAAUACAUUCCAGGUAGCUAACUAAGGCCUUCUCUAUUAAACGAUGGAAGAUGAUGGUGAAAUUGUUUUUAAAUUCCUUGUUCCAUGUUUCCUUGAAGUUUUGAAUGAGGUUAAACAGGAUUACUGAAAGUAAAAGAAAGUUAACUGAAAGUCAAACUGUUGAAUGUAUUUUUCCAGCCAUGGUUUUUCACUAGUCAUUUCUCUGAGUUGAUAUAAAACUGAUUUCUUUUUGUAACUAUUGAUUGCAGUUAAAACCAAUAAACCCUGUAUUUUUGAAACAA